AUGUCUUCCACCAACCAGCACGGCCAAGGAGCCUCCCACGCCACGGGCGACAGUGCAGUUCCUCACAAAGUACAAGAGGCAGCACCCAAGGGUCUCGAGGAGUCCCUCCCGGAUGGCGUUCACCCCACAGGCAGUGACCCAAGCAACAAGUCGACUGGCAAGACCCAUGCCCUCAACGAUGGUGACGACUCAAUUGUCCCCAAGAAGGUGCAGGAGGCUGUUCCCGAAUCGGUUGAGAAAGCCCUCCCCAACGCCAUUCACAACACUGGCUCCAAAUAA